CGCAACUCCGUUCCCAACACUACCCACGUGACUCUUUACCGUCUCAUUGGAAGGCAGUUCUGGGGGUUGCUGUUAGUUAUUUCUUAAAAUGACAUCUAAAUACGACAAUUCACCGCAGAAUAUCUUGUAAGAAAAAAUUGCCGUUUACUCUUUAUUUCAGUAAAUUUGGGGAGAACGCAAAAAACCCUUAACGUAUGUUUCAUCUAUGCAAGAUGUUUUUGUUUCCAUUUUAAGUUAGAAAAAUGUUACUGUGUAUCACUUAACCUCAAGGAACAGACUUAGCGAAUGAAGCCGACAUGCGUUGAAUGAUCGUUUGCACUUUAUUGAAUACUUCUUGAGUUGAAUCGGACAAAACAUGAUAUCGCGACAUAGUAAGGAUUUUCUCAUCCGGAUCGCGGGUUACUGGAAGCCGCUUUUCAGAGGAAGAUUUCUUAUAGUAACCAACACGGUGAGUUGUGGAGGAAUGCUAGCAACUGGUGAUUUCAUCCAGCAAACCAGAGAAACACGAAGGACGCCUGGCCGAACACGUGAUUGGUUCCGUACAGGUUGCAUGUUUGCUGUCGGAUGCUCCAUGGGUCCCUUUAUGCACUAUUGGUACAUGUGGCUUGAUAAAUACUUUGUCGGCAAUGGCAUUAAUAAUGUAUGCAAGAAAGUGCUUACUGAUCAGCUGGUCGCGUCUCCAGCACUGGGAGCCUGGUAUUUUCUUGGUAUGGGUGUAAUGGAGGGCCACACGUUGUCGGAGGCGCAGGCAGAAUUCAGAAACAAAUUUUGGGAGUUUUACAAGGCAGAUUGGUGUGUUUGGCCAGCGGCUCAGAUGGUAAAUUUCUACUUCUUGCCACCCAAGUAUCGUGUCCUUUACGUGAAUAUAAUCACUCUAGGAUGGGACACUUACCUCUCCUACCUCAAACACAGGGACCAAGUAGGAGCCACAAAUGCUGACUGAAGUCUGAAGAAAUGACGGACCAUUUAAAGUGCAGCAUUGAUGAUCACAAAAUUAAAUUGCAUCUUAUCACGCAAGAUUAUAAAUGGACAAUUCUUUUUGUAAUUUUUUAAAUUUGAAAUCUAAGGUAUAUGGCAUUUUUGCUGUUUUAUGAUGUUUAAAAUGUUUUUAAAGAGUGCUUUUAAUCUGUGUAUUGUUUACAUGAAUGAGAAUUAAAAACACAUCAAAUUAUAUUUUAUAACUGUACAUUAUACAGUUUUCACCAUUAUCUUUUACUGUAAUAAUUUAUACUUUGAUUUUGGUCAAGCAUAAUUACAACAAUGUGCAAAAACUGCAUUAGUUAUAAUGUUGCUGGCUAUUUGUUUGCCAAUUGCCAUCUCAGAGUUGUUAUUCAUGAAUUGCCUUUAUAUGUAAAGGUUUUCCCUAAACAAUUUAGUGUUUAAUGAUAA